AUGAGAGAACAACGACAACAGGUGAAAAAGAAGAAGAAGGACACCAUUGCCGCCGCACGGCGCCGGCUACCGAUGUCCUGUGGCCGCCCGGGUGCUGGCGGUUCGGGCCGGGCCCCGACGGCCAACCGAAAGGACUACACGCGGGCGGUGCACGAGCUGGUGAACCGAUGCAUCAACCGCUGCCCGGAUCAGAACCGAACGAGCUUUACCGAGCACAUUGAUGUCAGCUGUGGCAACGAUUGCUACAUAAAGCAGUGCACCGCUGGCUGUCAACACUGGGAGCAGGCGCUAGAGUCCAGCUGUCAGAACGUGUGCAACAUCACCAAUCAGGAGUUUCUGGAGGCGCGCGAGCUGUACUGCAUCAUGGGCUGCAACGAUGGACUGAACCGGUACUUUCGAUGGCUGAAGGCCGAAAUCGGAACACCGCACGCACCGGCUCUGGUAGCGGACAGUCUGACCGCGACGGCCCUCGCCCUGGAGUGGGAGGUUCCGGAGCGCUUGCUGCAGUUGUCGCGCCACCGGAACCGCGGCCCCCAGAGCUACCUGGUGCAGUGGCGCUACGAGGAGGUGGCCGGUGACUGGAAGUUCUGUCGGAACCAGAGCAUGGGAGACAGCUCGACGGUGCGCGUGGACAACCUGCAACCCUACACCAAGUAUCGCUUCCGCGUGGCGCUGCUGCUGUCGCCGAACCACGACCAGGUGCUGACGUCGGAGCAGAGCGUCAUCAUCAGCACGAUGCCGGCCGGUGUGCCGACCUCCAAGCCGACCAUUGUACGCGCCGUUGCGGUAGACCACUCACGCAUUUCCAUCUCCUGGGAGCCGGGCCCCUUCCCGAACGGGCCCGUACUGUCAUAUGUCCUCCAGAUCAAAGACCUCCACCCGAUAGGCUACAGCGCCCUCAAGGACGUUCCCGAGUCCAGCACGUCCCGGUACUACAUCUUCGAGAAGCUGGACGCCCUCCGCAACUACUCCGUGUCGGUGGCGAUGCGCAACCCGGAGGGCGAAGGACCCGCCUCGGUGACACACGUUUCGACGCCUCCGAAACCCAGCGGUGGCGGUGCGGACGAGAGCCCCAUCCUGCCGACGCUCAUCCUCGGUGCGGAGCACUCGGUCCUGACGCAGAGCUCGAACCUCCUGUUCUCGGACCCUCCGACCCGGUUCUACCGCAGCGAGACACACAAGAUCCGCGGUACCGCCAGGCACAUCCGGCGUGGCCUUAUCUUCGUGUCGGACGAUGCCGGCUUCAUCUGGCGCGCCCCGUUACGGCCGGGCGCCGAACAGGACCGGGUGGCGGUCCUUAGCCCGACGUCCGGUGCUAACUUUCGGCCGACGCUGCUGUCGGUGGACUGGCUAAACGACCACCUGUACGUGCUGGGACAGGCGCACACGACGCAGCUGUGGCAGAUCUCGCACUGUGACUUUGCCGGCGCUCACCUGACGGUAGCGAUCGCCGGGCUUCAGCAGCGGCCGGAUUACUUUGCGGUCGACCCGUUCAACGGCUACCUGUUCUGGGUGAUUGGCGCCGAGGGUGACCCGGUGGCCGGCAGCGGGGGACUGUUCCGGCUCGACCUGGGCGACAUCUCGAACGGUGUGCGGCACGAGAUACGCCCGCAGCAGAUCGUGCGCAGUCCGCACCUCGGUGCGUUCGCGAUCGACCACCCGAACUUCCGCGUGCUCGUGGCGGAUCAGCGGGCCAACACGAUGCUGUCGGUGUCGCUCGACGGCAAGGUGGUGGAGGACAUUCGGAACAAUGUGCAGCAGCCACGGUUCGAGCGGGUCCGCUCGCUCGCCCUCGCCCGCGGGUAUUUUUACUGGACGAACGGGACGGAUGUGUUCGCGGAGGAUUACCACAAGGAGAGCGACAUUUACUUCCACAACGCGUUCCCGGUUGCGUCGAACAACACGUACUUCAGCAUCAGCGUUAACCUAACGUCGGAGCAACCGAUCCCGGUGCCGGUGAAUCCGCCGCGCCACGUCCAGGCUCUGGUGUCGCCCGAUCGGCUGCGGAUCGCCUGGGACCCCCCGUACCUGCUGGGUGUGAAGGGGAAGGGUGCGUGGCAGGCGUGGAGCUACCGGCUCGAGGUGCGACCGGACAUCGCAGGAUCCACGGUGCUGCGGGUGGCGGUCGUUGCGAAUGGUAGCACCAGCUACGCGACCGGCCUGGAGGGCAUACGGGUCGCACCGAACCGUCGGUACGUGGUGCGGGUGGCGGCUCACACGCCGGCGGGCGCGGGGCCAUGGAGCCGGGAGUUUCGAGUGCGCACCCUCCGCACCACACACCAGGCGGUCCCGCGGCAGCUCGUUUGGGCGAGUGCGGCCGGCGGAGGUAUCAUGCGCUCGGACGUCAUCGGAGAUAACGUCAGUUCGGUGUUGCCAAACGGCACGGAGAUGGACGUGGAUGCGGUCAGUGGGCUCGCUUGGCACAACGGCACCCUGUACGUGGUAGGAAACGGGACGCUGCGCCUGUACCAGGGUGGUGUGCGGAUCCGUGAGCUCGAUUCGGUCGAAUGCGUGGCGUUAGAUCGGCGCGGAGAGCGGCUUUACUUCCACAACUCCGCCCAGCAGAUGAUCGUACGGGCGGGGCUGCUCGGUGACCACCAGGAGCCGAUCCACAACGUGCCGAAUGUUCGGGAGCUGCGGUUUGACGAGCGGCGUGGCUACCUGUACGCCUCGUCCGGCUUGCUGCUCGAGGCGUUCCGACUGAACGGCAAGAAUCGGGUGGUUUAUUUUAACGAGAACCUCUUCACCGGCCGACAGAUCGUCGGCAUGGCACUCGACACGGAGGGCGGCCGGCGGCUGUACUGGAUCGUGCGGAGCUACAGCGCUUCGCACCUCUACUGGGCCCCGCUGGCCGGCACGAUCAACGGGGGGUCAAUCGAUGCGAGUGCGAUCGUUACGAGCCAGGCGCAACUGAGCGCACUGGGUGAUCCGGGGCCACCGCCUCAGGGUCCGCUGCUGCACUUUAGCGACCGCCUGCUCUGGGUCCGGGACGGCCAGGGUGUGGUGGGUGACGAGCGUGGUGAGAACCUUGCGUACAUCCGGUCGCCGUUACUGCACGGAACCACGGCGCUGGCUCUCAUCGAAGAAUCGACACCCGGGCCCGGUGGCGACACGGAGCCGAGGGCGGUGUUGCCGGCGGCCGUAAACCGGGCGACGGUGCGCGUGACGGGUGACUGGCGCUCCUUCAACAUCAGCUGGGCCCCGGUCGAUGCGAUCGGAUCGGGUGAAGGCGGUGACGAACCCGUCCUCGCCGUCGACGGCGAGGAUCCGAGUGCGGUGCCGGUGUUCUACAAACUCCUACUGCAAGUGCCGGGAGCGGGGGUCGCGGGGACCACCUUCAGUAGCUCGCACGAACUGAGCGUCCCGUGGUACGCCUACGAGGGUUCCCCGCUUUCGUACGUCUACCCACUCAUCCCGCCUUAUUCGCUGAUGAACGUUACGGUGCACGCGUUCACCUACUGGCGCUCGUCGGCGGUGGCCACAGUCAGGCGCCGCACCCCCACCAGUACCCCGUCGGCUCCGGAGCGUCCGAGGACGUACCUGAAGCCAUGCUACCGUCCUGGGACUUAUGAGCUCGCGGAUACGAUCCUGUUCCGGUGGGACACUCCGGCCCAUCUGAACGGUCCACUCGUCGGAUACCGCGUUACCUGCCGUCGGCAAUCGGGCGUGACGGUGGACGAGAUACGCGUGCCGGCGGACGAGGCGGAGCUGCUGGUGGAGGAACAGGAGUCGAUUCCGAACGCGACGUACAGUUUGCGGGUGCGCGCCAUUAACGUGAACUUCGAAGGAGUGUCGACGGCGGCCCAAACCGUGCGGCUCGUGGCGGAUGGUGGGGCGGUGCCGGUGCCGGCCCUGAUGCCGCUGGUGUACGUGGUCACCGCCCAUCAGAUCACGCUGUUCGACCUGGAUCACGAGUACCCCGGGGGAACGGCCGCAACGGCGCCACUCCUGACGGUGACGAUGCCACCGACGGCUCCGGCCACGCUCCUGGCCGAGUUGCGGCACGAGCGGCGCCUGUUCUGGGUCGACGUCAACGGGGAACUGUACGCGUACGACAUCGCGACGGAGAGCCGGCAGCGGCUAGGUCACCUGCCCGGCCACACGACCGCCCUGACCGUCGAUUGGGUCGGACGAACGCUCUACAUGGCGACCGUGAUCACUGCGCCGCAAACGCCGGUGGCUUCGGCCCCGCCGUCGGGGUCGGCGUCGGCGUCGGCGGACCCCGUCACCACCACACUGUACGCGUUCGACCUGAACCGGCUGGAACCGACGAAGACGGAGCAAGCACGGGGCACCGCAGUCAGCGCUCAGCCCGUCCCGCUCGUCAGCAGCCUCGUGAGUGAUCGGCAGAUCGACUAUCUGCUGGUGGAACCGGAACGCCGCACGUUGCACGCCAUCAUGAGCACCGAUCGGACCGCCGGUGGCUUCAGUGUGCCGCUGGACGAUGCGGAUCUUACGGUGCGCCGGUAUAUGUGCCGCGAUGGUCCCGUUCCGGAGUCGGCCGUGGCUUGCACCGACUAUUGGGCGCUCUUUCACCAGCACGAACACGAACCGGAGGACUUUGAUGAGCUGCAAACGCUGACGGCAACCGACGGGCGGUACCUGUACCGGUUGGCCCCGACCGCCGGCGCCCCGCUCCGGUCGUGGGGUCUCCGGACCGCCAUGAAGGAGCCGGCGCGGGCUGUGCACGUGCGUAAGGGUGGACCGGCAGCGAAGCAGCUCUCGGAGUCGGUUUCGUUUCUGCCGGCCCAGCAACACCAGGCGUACCCGCCUGCCCGUUGCCUGGUGCCGCGGCUUGAUGGGGCCCACUACCGGCCGGAACUGGAAGCGUUCACCGAGCACACGCUCCGGUUGCGCCUCCCGUUCCCGGAACCGCAACCGAACUGUACGGUCCGGCCACCGGGCGUCCGGUACCGGAUCCGGUAUGCGGCGCUCCCUGGGGGUGGCGGAGGCGGCCCCGUCUACUCGUCCGCCGUGCAGUACUCUUACGAACCGGUCGCCACGAUCGGAGGUCUUCGGCCGUACACUCGGUACGCGUUCCACGUCACUCCGUACAGUUACUACCUGGAUCGGGCUCAGAAAGCAGCGGCCACCACCACCACGGCCGCCACUCCCGGGCCGGCCACCGACGACGAUGAUAUCGAGGGCGACGGGGACGGUGACGACGACGAGUACUACGGGGAUGGGGGGGACGAGGAGAAAGCGUGGCUGCGGUUGCUGGAUGGUCCGGCGGCGGUGGCCACCGUUUUCUCGACCGCGGCCGGGGCUCCGUCGCGUCCGGCCUGGAUCGAAGCGUUGCCCGUCAGCCCGACGGAGGCGAUUGUCCGGUGGAUGGCGCCGAUCUACCUCAACAACGAUCGGGUGUGGUACGAGAUCUACUGGCAGACGGAGACGGGAGAGCACAAGAACCGCCAGCAGCAGCGUGUCACCGAGUACAACAAGGUCGACCGCGGCCUGCUGGCGAUGAACCUGACGCGGCUGCAACCGAGCCAGCUGUACCGGGUGUGGAUACGGGCGCACUCGACGCUGAACGCGUUCAGCGAGAGCGAAUCGGUCGACAUCCGGACGUUCCCGGAGCCGAGCGACAUCGAGCUAAUGGCCAUCAACUCCACCGGGCUGCGCCUGCACUGGCAGGCCCCGGCCAACUGUAUACGUUUUCAGCUGCAGUACGGCAUCGUUGGGCAGAGCCGCUGGACCACGAUGUUCGACUCGGGACCGGAACCGCUCGACGGGCGUCGCCACUACUCGCCGGAAACGAUCGGAACGCGGUACGAGCUGGCGGCGCUCCUGCCGAAGACACGCUACCGGUUCGUGGCACGCAUCUACUACCCGGACCGGGUUGCGCCGUACCUGUGGCCACGCGAGGACAGCACGCUCAGCUUCGUGUACGAGACGCUGGCCGACCGGCCGGGGGCUCCGGGCCGCCCCGUCGUGAUGCAGCUGCACGCCGACCUGUACAAGGUGAGCUGGGAGAUGGCCAAGGACAACGGGGCCCCGCUGGAAGAGUACGGCUUGGAGGCUCUGGUCCGCCAGCAGCCACCGCCGCCUCCCCACCGUGACGCCAUCAAGCUGGUGAGCGCAAACGGCACCGCAGUCACCGCAACGAACGCUACUGAGCAGCUGGAGGCUACCACCGCUGAGGUCAGCGGCAACGAAACGACGGCCCUAGUGACACCCCCCACCUAUCCGGUGGCCACCACCACCGCCGCCACGCCCCUGGACGGGGAGGCAGGAGACUCGUGGUGCCUGGUGUACAACGGGACCGACACCUACUGGAUCAUCUCGGACCGGCAGACCAUCAACAGCAACCUGUUCCGGGUGCGGGCCCGCAACUCGUUCGGCUGGGGCCCGUACAGCAAGGAGAGCCGCCCCGUUAGCCACCCAAUGUACGUGCGGCGGGCCGUCGGCUACGUGAUGGUGUUCACCUGCAUCCUCGCGAUCGUCCUGCUCGCCGUCAUCGUGGUCAUCGUCUGCAUCCUCCGUUUCGACGACAAGCGCAAAGCGUUUACGGGCGAUGGCGCCACCGGGGGGUCACGCCUGCCGGACGUGGAGCUGGCCAACCUGCGGGAGCUACCGCGGCGGGGCAACUUCGUGACCAGCAGUAACGCACUGUACGGGGCGAGCGCACUGCUGAACGCCGAGGUGUCGCUCUUGCCCCAGAUCCGUAGUGAUCAGAUCUACAUGGCCAGCUCGUCGCUGCUGGGAAGUGGCGCCUUCGGUGAAGUCUACGAGGGUGUCGUGAAGGGGGUUGACGGCGAAGCGAAAACCCGGGUUGCCAUCAAGACUCUAAAGAAGGGAGCGAAGGAGCACGAAAAGCAAGAGUUCCUGCAGGAGGCGCAGCUAAUGAGCAACUUCAAGCACAAGCACAUCACCCGGCUGCUCGGGGUGUGCCUGGAGGCCGACACGCUCCUGAUCAUCAUGGAGCUGAUGCGUGGUGGCGACCUGCUGAGCUACCUGCGGCGCAGCCGCCCAAUCCCGGGGCAGGCUGGGCGGCUCACGAUGCUCGACCUGAUAUCGAUGUGCCAGGACGUGGCGGCCGGCUGCCGCUACCUGGAGGAGAUGCACUUCGUGCACCGGGACCUGGCGUGCCGCAACUGCCUGGUGUCGUCGACGGUGCCGCGCGACCGCGUGGUCAAGAUCGGUGACUUUGGGCUGGCGCGGGAUAUCUACAAGAACGACUACUACCGGAAGGAAGGCGAAGGGUUGCUACCGGUCCGCUGGAUGUCGCCCGAGAGCCUGAUCGACGGUGUGUUCACCUCGCAGUCGGACAUUUGGUCGUUCGGGGUGCUACUGUGGGAGAUCAUGACGCUGGGCGAGCAGCCGUACCAGGCGAAGAACAACAUCGAGGUGCUGAACAGCGUGCGCGAGGGAGGCUACCUGGACCGGCCCAAAGUUUGCCCGGAGGCGAUGUACGAGCUGAUGGAGUACUGCUGGAACUUUAUUCCCGAAAAGCGCCCAACGUUCCGCUACUGCGUGGAGGUGCUGGAGAAGCUGCGGGCAAACACGAGCGUCGACACGCACAUCAUUGCACCGUUUCCGUCGAUGCUCCUGCAGCCGGGCGGAGAGGCCGUUUCAAAUCCUUCCUAUUCGGUUGACGAAGUUUACGCCCCUCUUACGCCAGAAAUGCUACAGCAGCUGUACCGGGCGCAAGAGCUGGACGGCGGUGGCAGCAGUAUCGCCACACCGCCCACCACCUCCAGCAGCAACAGCAGCAGUGCCGGUGCUACCGGCGGUCUCCUUGGUGUUGCCGCGAACAUUCCAAAGUAUCUGGAGCUGCUGCACGAGGACAGUGCCGGCAACUCGCACAUCUCGAACCCAUUCGUCAAUCAGCACCAUCAGCAGCAUCAAAUGAUGCCCGUCACCCAGCUGCUGAUGCUGAUGAACAAUGGCUACGAGAUUCCGAUCACCGACCACUGUGCGGCUGACGGAGGCGCCGACGACGGCGGUGGUGUCCGGGCGAUGGCGGCCCGAUCGGCGGAAGGCUGCUCGAGCUCGAGCAAGGAUCCGUUGCUGCCGGUCGUGCCGAUGCUGAUGCCACCGGGCCUGGCGGAGGGUCUGACGCCGCAGCAUCACCAUCACCACCACCAUCACCACCAGUGCUUCGAGGAGGAGCAGCUGCACCAGCUACAUGGUGGUGGGGUGGUCGUGUGCGACCCAGACUAUGACCCCGGAGAGCGGCGUCCGGAGUUUGGCGCCAGUAGUAUUACCGAUAGUACCGGGGCGGGCGGCGGUGAUCGGCCUAUCGGCAGUUCGGCGGCGGCAGUAGCGGCAUGCAGCAGUAGCGACCGCCCGUUGUCGACAGCAGUCUAA